GAGUAAGGAUUGUUGGAGGACAGAUGAGUGAAUGAAACACUCAUUCACUCACUCACUCACUCACUCUUCUUCUCUCGCAGUGAAACCGACAAUCAUCGACGUGGGAAUCUACGUGAACAGCAUCGGUCCUGUGUCGUCCAUCGACAUGGAAUAUCAGAUCGACAUCAUCUUCGCUCAGACCUGGGUGGACACACGUCUGCGCUACAACAGCAGUAGCAUGAGGAUUCUCACCCUCAACAGUAACAUGGUGGGCCUGAUCUGGCUGCCCGACACCAUCUUCAGGAAUUCUAAAACUGCUGAUUCUCACUGGAUUACGACGCCCAAUCAGCUGCUGCGGAUCUGGAACAACGGGAAGAUACUCUACACUCUGAGGAUGACCAUCAAUGCAGAAUGCCAGCUGCAGCUCCAUAAUUUCCCGAUGGACGAACACUCCUGUCCUCUCGUCUUCUCCAGCUACGGUUACCCGCGAGACGAGAUCAUUUACAAGUGGAAGAGAAACUCAGUGGAGACGUCGGAUCAGAAAUACUGGAGAUUGUACCAGUUUGACUUCAUGGGCCUCAGGAACACCACGGACGUCCUCACCACCACGGCAGGUGACUACGUGUUGAUGACCGUGCACUUUGACCUCAGCAGAAGAAUGGGUUACUUCACCAUCCAGACGUACAUCCCCUGUAUCCUGACCGUGGUUCUGUCCUGGGUUUCCUUCUGGAUCAAGAGCGAUGCCACGCCCGCCCGGACGGCGCUGGGUAUCACCACGGUGCUGACCAUGACCACGCUGAGCACCGUGGCCAGGAACUCGCUGCCCAGAGUCUCCUACGUCACCGCCAUGGACCUGUUCGUCACCGUCUGCUUCCUGUUUGUGUUCGCCGCCAUGAUCGAGUACGCCAUGCUCAACUAUUACUCGUACAGUCUACGCAGACCUCCUGCAAAGACCCAGAGGAUGGUAAGAACGUUGCUGUUGCUAAGCGCUAACUAUGUCUUCCUGUCUUUUCAGGCCUACACGAGCUUCAACUCGGGUCGUAAUCCUCGCACCAUGAUGCCCAUGAGCAACUCCCUGUUCUGGCACGACUACGACGACAACUGCGUGUACGAGUGUUUGGACGGGAAAGACUGCAAGAGCUUCUUCUGCUGCUACGACGAGUGUAAAGAAGGCGGCUGGAGGAAAGGACGCGUCCACGUCAACAUCAGCGAGCUGGAUUCCUACUCCCGGGUUUUCUUUCCCACCUCCUUCCUGCUCUUUAACAUCGUCUACUGGGUCAGUUACCUCUACCUCUAGAGACCACAACUCCAUCUCCCCGAACUCUGGACCCGAGACUCGCGAUAAGAGGCGGGACACGAGCGUGGACCAGGACGUGGACCAGGAUCCUUGAGGAAGUCUUGAGGACAGUAAAAAGCUUGGCAGCAGAAAGACGAGGACGUCGACGAGGACUUCAGUGAAGACGGUGAAGCACCCAUAGUGCCUUCUUUAGAACAAGGGUGCCGAAAGACAAAGAAACCCCGCCCCCAUCAUCUUUUGCUGUGUUUCCAUCAUGGUUCGGUCCAGUUUGGAAUGGUAAAGUCCUGGAGGACGUCUUUUUCCUCCUGCUCAGUCUGUGGCUGAUCAGUCUGGUUUCUAGUGGUUCACUUUGGCUCAGUAUGGUACACAUCAGUGAGGGCGGAGCUAGAACACAUGAUGCUGUGUUUCCAUCAUGGUUCAGUUCGGUUCAGUUCAGUUCAGUUCAGUUAAGUUCAGUUUAGUUCAGUUUAGUCCAGACCAGACCAAACCAGACUGAACCC